CCCAUUUUUCACAUUAUGCCUUCAUGAUGCUUUAAACUGAAUCUCAGAGCAAUUCAAACCAGCUAUACACAGUUCCAGACAGACAGAAAGACAGACAGACUCUUUCAAUCAUGCUGUUGCGUGAGAGAUGUCUAAAGCUCACACUCUCUUGUAAAUCAUAAUUGAACAGUAGUAACACAGAGAAAGAGCUCUGUUUCAUUAAUGCUCUGAACAUGUCUGUUUUUAAUUUCAGACCUUCCACAGUGCCAAAAAAAAGCGAGAGACCACCCCUCAUGGGAGAACAUCACCGCUGGCCAGAUCACCACACAACACUCACGCACAAGACAUAAACUCACACAGUCAAGUGGACAGAGGAGUCUCUCUCUCCUGGCCACACAGAUUGUGCCCCUUCCACCUCCGGUAAACACAACUGAUUAUCCAACAGUAAAUCAGGGCUGGAUUCUUGUUCUGGUGGGAUGUGGGAAACAAUACCGGAGGGGUUUGGAAGCCCACAACAUCUUAGUUUGAUUCAUCAGAAUGCUAUCAGUGUGAACUGGUCUUCAACUUUUCUAGGGUUGAACAGGGAUACAAUGUCAUUCAAUAGCUGGGAUGUGAAGCUCUCAGCUGAAGUUGAGCCGUUUAUUCCACAGAAGAAAGGUGUUGAUGCUUCUUUAUUACCCAUGAGUCUGUGCGGUGACGGCGGCGCUGAGCCCACACAAAUCCCCUCUUACCUUAUCACAUGCUACCCAUUUGUACAGGAGAACCAGAACAACAGUCGGCAGCUUCCCAUGUAUAAUGGAGACCAACGCUGGCCGCAGUUGAACCCGGGUCCCGGUGGGCCGUACCUGGCGUACCCCAUCCUCUCCUCACCUCAGCCCCCCGUCACCAGCGAUUAUGCCACCUACUAUCACGCCAUCAUGCCUACGCCCUGCCCUCCUGUGAUGGGCUUCUACCAGCCAUUCCCUGGGUCAUACGCAGGGCCGCUGCAGGCUGGCGUGUUAAACCCUGUUUCGGACUGCAGCGAGAGAGCACCCCCACAGGGCCAGACACAGAGAGGGAGGGGGAUAUCACGAUCUCCUGUCAUGCACAAGCAGCCAAUGUCUCAGCCAAUGAGAGUCAAGCGCCCUGUGAUGCGUAGUGUGGCAGUGCAGAAGGAGGUUGGUGCAGCCGGACCUGAUGGCAGAUCCAAGACUGUGCUACUGGUGGAUGCCGCGCAGCAGACAGAUUUCCCAGGUGAGACAUGCAACAGCGGCAGAUGUUCAUCUGAUCAGAUGAGCAUUCUGCAGUGGAAGACUAAAGCUCUUCAUAGACACACAUCACAGCAGGAGUCGUCCAGUGAGCAGGGAGCCAGUGAGGCCGACAUUGACAGUGACAGCGGCUACUGCAGCCCCAAACACAACCAGACAGCUGCCGCCACCACCUCAACCAAUCAACACACAGCUUCAACGAAUGUGGACACAGGCGUCAUGACAGCUGUUAGCUGGGGGAAUUUUGGAUCACAUGUCACUCCGAAAGCAUGGACGGACAGAUCUGUGUUGUACCACAGAGGCAGUAAAACACCUGAGCAGAGGAACUACUCACAGGAGUUCCAGAUGAGUUUUGGAGGUCGUGGAGGAGGACAGAGGACAUCACAGCCUGUGUCAUCACAGACCCCCAACACACAUCUCACACCUGAACCACUGUACUUUCAGGAUGAGGAAGAGUUUCCUGAUCUGGCCACAGGUGGCGUUGCUCAGCGGAGUAAACCAGAACCAACAGCACAGGCCAAACUUCCCAAAAACCUGCUGGAUAAACUUCCAGAAAAUUCUCCGAUUAGUAUCGUUCAGACACCAAUCCCCAUCACCAGCUCUGUGCCGAAAAGAGCCAAGAGUCAAAGGAAGAAAGCUCUCGCCGCCGCCCUCGCCACAGCACAGGAGUAUUCAGAGAUUAGUAUGGAGCAGAAGAAACUACAGGAGGCUCUUUCUAAAGCAGCAGGUAAGAAGAGCCGGACCCCAGUACAGUUGGAUCUGGGUGACAUGUUGGCAGCACUAGAGAAACAGCAGCAGGCCAUGAGAGCUCGACAACUCAAUAACACCAAACCACUGACUUAUACAGUUGGUGCAAUGAGCGCUCUACACAGUAAAGACAGCACCAGCAGUCGAAUGCCAUACACCCCCCCACACAACAUCUUAGAUUCCAGCGCUCCUCGCAUCAAGAGAGGAAAGGAACGAGAGAUUCCCAGAGUCAAGAAGACCACCGCUAUGAAGAAGAUCAUUCUGCAGGAGCGUGAGGUGAAGAAAGGCAAGAGUUCUGCUGAUGUCACUGCAUCUGAAGCUGAUGAGCAGAGAGACAGUCUGAACUUCACUGACACACUCACACAGGAGCAAGAUGAGAAUGGUCUCAGUGUUCCCAGUGAUGCAUCUCUCUCGCCAGCUAGUCAGAAUUCUCCAUACAGCAUCACGCCCGUCUCUCAGGGGUCUCCUGCGAGCUCAGGGAUCGGUAGUCCCAUGGCUGCAACUGCCAUCACCAAAAUACACAGCCGGAGGUUUAGAGAGUACUGUAAUCAGGUGUUGAGUAAGGAGAUCGAUGAAAGCGUGACGAUGCUCCUGCAGGAGUUAGUGCGCUUCCAGGAGCGAGUACAUCAGAAGGAGCCAAGCAAAGCCAAAGCCAAACGCAGACUGGUGAUGGGCCUCAGAGAGGUCACCAAACACAUGAAACUACACAACAUCAAAUGUGUCAUCAUCUCACCAAACUGUGAGAAGAUCCAGGCCAAAGGUGGACUGGAUGAGGCUCUUUAUAAUGUGAUUGCCAUGGCAAGGGAACAGGAGAUCCCAUUUGUGUUUGCUCUGGGCCGUAAAGCUCUGGGCCGCUGUGUGAAUAAACUUGUUCCUGUGAGUGUAGUGGGGAUAUUUAACUACUCUGGAGCAGAGGGUCUGUUUAAUAAGGUCGUAUCUCUGACAGAAGAGGCGCGGAGAGCAUAUAAGGACAUGGUAAGCGCUCUGGAGCAGGAACAGGCAGAGGAGGCCCUGAAGAAUGUCAAGAAGGUCACACAUCACAUGGGCCACUCCAGAAACCCUUCUGCUGCCAGCGCCAUCUCCUUCUGCAGCGUCAUAUCAGAACCCAUCUCAGAGGUCAACGAGAAAGAAUACGAGACCAACUGGAGGACGAUGGUGGAAAACACAGACGUGCCAGAACCGCCGGAGUCUGAACCCAUCAGAGCAACCAAUAAAGAGAGAGAGGUCACAUCACCCCCACCACAGCCAGCACCCAACCAGAACCCGAGCUUGAACCCUGUGGCCGCUCGAGCUCCAGAGAGGGAGGAGUCUCGCACAGAUGAUCGUCUGGAGUGGGCAUCUCAGCAGAGCACAGAGACUGGCUCUCUGGACGGCAGCUGCCGAGACCUGCUCAACUCCUCCAUCACUAGCACCACCAGCACACUGGUGCCUGGCAUGCUGGAGGAGGAGGAUGAGGAUGAGGAGGAGGAAGAAGACUACACCCCCGAGCCCCUUUCAGUGCAGGUGCCCCCCCUCAGCUGCAGGAUUGAGUCGUGGGUCUCCAAAACGCUGGAGAAUCUGCAGCUGCACAGACCGAGCGACGGAAGCACCGAGGAAGAUGAAGAUGAGGAGGGGCAUCUAAGUGAUGAGGAAGAGCUUGACUCCUCUGAUCUUGUUGAACCGGUGGCUGAUGUCAAACACACACCUGAACCAUCCACACACUCUGGCUGAGCAACCACACACACCUCAUUACCCAAAGUUUCUCUGUUUCACAAAAUGCAAACAUUGACUCAGGAAAUUAAGACGAACAGACCAACACUCACACAGACUCUCUGUAGCUCCACAGCUUUAAAGGAAUAGUUCAGUCAAAAUGAAAAUUCAUAAUUUACUCACCUUCAUGGAGUUUCAAACCUGUAUGAUUGACUUUAUUCUGUGGAACAAAAAAAACAGAUGUUUAUUCUCUUCACACUGCUGUUUUCCAUACAAUGAAAGCAUACAGUGUCCAGGUGCUGCCAAAAAGAACAAAAAACGCUGAUAAAGAACCAUAGUCCAUAUGACUUAUGUGCUAUAUUCAAAGUCCUGAGGAAAAUACCUACAUUUUAAUUUGUAUACACUAUUCAAUCUUCCCCUCUUCUGAAGCUCUCUUAACAUCUCCUUUUGUAUUCCACUGAAGAAAGUCAUAGCAGUUUGGAACAAAACCGCUCAUCCAUCCCUCCACAUACACACACACACACACACACACACACACACACACACACAUACA